GGGGUGGUGGUCUCCCUGGAGCCGGGCCUCCGCUCUCAGUUGCUCCGUAUUGACGCGGGCAGCAGGCAGCAGGGGGCUGAUCUCUGCCUCCAGAGGUCAUCCUCUCCACUGUUACCACUUGUUGCCAAAAGCAGCUCGAGGCUCCGCCGUUCAACACCAAACACACUUCAACUACUAACUCAGACUGCUGCCCGGACCUGGAUGCUGAAUGCGGAGACCCGGACCCAGGACUGAAAGAAGACUCCGAACCCUCUGAUAAAUCAUUUCGCGCGUCUGACGGAGAGAAGCAUGGUUGAUAACACGAGUAUAGCAACUAAAUCUGCGUUGCAAGGCUCCUUCUCGUCCGCCGGUAGCCUUCCCCUCCAGGCUCCCUCCGCCUCCUCCCACAGCCCGUUCACCGGCGCCCUGUCCCACCAGGCCGGCAGCGGCGGCAUGAAGCUCGAGGCGGUCAUGGAGAACCUGCAGCGCCAACAGGCAGCCCGGCUGGCUCUGGAGGAGAAGCUCCGACAGGCAGAGAAAGAGAAGGACCUGAGGUCCAUGGUGGAGUCCCAGAUACACCAACAAGCCCUGGCGUUCCGCCACUACCAGGCGGCGAUGCGCGGCGCCCUGGCCGCCGGAGUGGCCAGCUCGUCCCCCGUGGUGACGCUCCCUCACAUGGAGGUCCGCAGGGUGGACGGGGACGGGAGCUCCUCCAGACCGGGCAGCGAGAAGGAGCGGGACGAGGAGGGAGACGACACGGAGGAGCAGGAGAUCCUGGACGAGGAGGAGGAGGACGAGGAAGACGUCGGGCUGAACCACUACCACCACCGACAGUCCUCGCUCCAAGGAGCCUGCCUGUCUCCGAAGAGCGCCCCUAUGCAUCUCAUGGCCCGAGUCCCGGUGGCCCCAGCCCGCCGCGCGGAGUCUCCGUCGGCGCAGCCACAGUCCCAGCACCACGAGUGGACUUACGAGGAGCAGUUCAAACAGUCAGGCCGAGGCAGCGGGCCGGCACAGAGGAAGCUGGGAAAUUCAAGUGGCGGUGGCAGUUCAGAGCCUCUGAUUCAGGAGUUGUAUGAACUGGACGAUGAUGAAAAGCGCAAAGAGUUUCUUGACGACCUCUUCAGUUUCAUGCAGAAACGAGGGACUCCAGUGAAUCGGAUUCCUAUCAUGGCCAAGCAGGUGUUGGAUCUCUACAUGCUCUACAAGCUCGUCACAGAAAAAGGCGGCUUAGUGGAAGUCAUCAAUAAGAAAAUAUGGCGUGAGAUCACCAAAGGCCUUAACCUCCCUACCUCCAUUACCAGUGCAGCUUUCACUCUCCGAACACAGUAUAUGAAGUACCUCUACCCGUAUGAAUGUGAAAAGCGAGGACUGAGCUCCCCCGGCGAGCUCCAGGCAGCUAUCGACAGCAACCGGCGGGAAGGCCGUCGGCAGAGCUACGGCUCUGCCAUCUUCAGCUACUCUCCCGUGGGCACCCCCACCCUCCUGUCCUCACCAAAGAUCCAGAUGUCCCACCUGCCUACGCUCACUCACAACAGCGGCCAUAUCUCCCAGGUGCCUGUGAUCAAGAAAGAGGAGCCUAUGAUGUCCAGCUGCCUGCCCAGCCGGAUGGCCCUCCCCAUGUCGCCUAGCAGCCACCACGCGGCGGCCGUGGCUGCCCAGGCAGCAGCAGCAGCUCAGGCAGCGGCUGCAGCUCAAGCGGCGGCGGCCGUGCAGGCAGCAGCUCUGGAGCAGCUCAGAGAGAAGCUGGAGAGCGGCGAACCACCAGAGAAGAAGAUGAUGAUGGUGGCAGAGGAGCAGCAGCGGAUCAUGCAGCACGCCCUGCAGCAGAACCUGCUGGCCAUGGCCACCCAGCUGCCCCUCAACAUCAAGCUCAACAACAGAGAUGAUAGACAAGAGACCGCAUUGAACCUGUCUACCAACGGCAUUAGCAGCAUCAACAUGUCAAUAGAAAUAAAUGGAGUUGUCUACACAGGCGUCCUGUUCGCUCGCCAGUCGGCCAUAGCAGGGAUGACGGGGCACCGUGGGAAACACAGCAGCUGUCAGACUCAGGAAAAGACCAGUCCCACACAGUUCCAGCCCUCCUGCUCCUCCUCCUCGUCCUCCUCCUCUUCCUCGCUCGAUGGACACAGAAACUCCUCUCCCUGAGUUUCUUGUCCGUCCUCACCACCUCACCUCCAUCCUCCCCUCAAAGACACAGCAGCUGGAGACACGACCAUCAGACCAACUCCAGCAGCUCCUGAAGGUGGCUUUCCCUCCAUCCAUCAGUCAGAUUCCUCGUAGGUCGCCUAGCAACAGAUUGAAAAGCAGCAAACUUGUAUUUACAGACUAAAUACUUCUGCCCCUCCCCCCACCCAACCCCCUCCUCAUGCUCUGAAUCAGUAGUGUGUUUCCAGGACAUUUAGCCUCUGUGUGUUGCCAUUUUCUUUCACAUCCUCUAAGACUGUUCACAUUCACGGUUGCUCAUCAGCUGAAGGUUCGAAGAUGUUUGUAAACUCUCUGCUCACAGCUGAUACCAAAGAAAAUACGUCUCUAACUGAGCACUGAGCUUCAGCACCAAUCAUCAGACCUGAAGAACAGAGCAAGAACACAACAAAGCAGAGCACAUGCUAGCUUAGCAUCAGAGACUUUCAGCUACAUCAGGUGUUCCACUGAACAAGUAGGUCACACACGUGACACAGUGAGAUCAGCAGCUGCUUAGCUAAACUGGUUAGCUGGCUAAUUAGCAAUCAGGCUAAUGAAACUAGAUAAAAAAGGCUAACACACAGCUCUGUCCUCUAGUAACAAACAGUAUCUCCCAAAAGUUUUAUCAGGGCCAGAUUAACUUCAGAUGUCCCCCCAAACCAGUCAGAAACCAGUCAGCUCGGAAUCCCAGAAACCAACUAGUAGGACACUGGACCACUAUCCUGCCCCAGGUUUCCUGUGAGUCCAUUUAAUUCCAGCACCAUCUAACCAUAAUACAACUCUACCACAACUGUUAAGACUACAUUUUAAAGAAGGGUCCAGACAAGACCAGUCUUCAGAAUUGGGUAAAGAUGCAGCAGUACCAAAGAUUAUAAUUAAUCAAAUUACUCAAAGUAGUUGACACACAGAUGACCUGGGGUCCCAUAGAGUCUUUGGGGCCCUGGGAGACCUCCCGGUUCAGUCCAGUUGGUAAUUGAACUGAAAAACUGAAGUGCACAUGCAGAAAGUCACGUGAAAGUUUCACCAAAGAUUUUAUGACUCACACCUCCAGCCAUCAUUUACAGUGUGGUAUCAGACUUAUGGACCCACUGUUCAUCCAGCUGUGGAUGUCGUAUUAUAAGAAGUGGAUGGAGCCUUUUAUUCAUUAACUUUACUUUCAGAUGAUGUCACACACCAAAAACAAAACAAAAAAAAAAAACAUCUUUUAUAACAGUGGUCUGUGGGGAUAUGGGGAUUUUUUUAAUGCAGUACCAAAGUUGACCACUGGGACAAACUGGCAGCAGCACAGAUGUUACAUUGCAUUCUGGGAUAUAUAAACACCAUGUUCACACAGUUAGGAUGAGUUUAUAAUGUGCAUUCGGAACACAUUUGUUUUUUAUAUGUUGUUUAUAUGCUAGCGUGCUAAUCAGACGUAUGAUCAACAGCUAUGAGAGUUAGCGUUAGCUGAAAUAAUCUGUUCAAGCUGCACAGUAACCAAUCACAUGUGUUCAGAUGUGUAAAGACGCACAUGGCUCUUCACUGCUCCUGUGUAACCACUACAACAUGGCCAGUAGAGCAGCUCGCCACUGUGGACGGCUGAGACGACAUUAGUUUAGUCUUUAUCAAGGUUUUUUUUUUCUUUGCUGUGAUCACAGAAUAAGUGAACACGUUGUUUUGAUCAUAGAAUAAAUUAUUUGUGGCGUGGAGGUAACAAAAUAUUAAAACAUAAAUGAUUUUAAAAACAAGCCUGUUAGUCAAGAUGACGAUGAUGAUGAGGAGGAGAUCUUCCUCGUGAUGAUAAGAAGAGUACAUGUUAAAACCCUGCACUGCAGAGAGACAGUGACUGUGAUGAUGAGCUCGCUCUGGUGCUUUCCUCACUCGUUAGGGUAAACACUGUAAUCCACCUUGUUGCUCCACUGUUGUGGUUGCGGUCAGAAAUACUUACACAACCUGUGCUGAGGCCGAGUGUGGUGCCGCUGCAGCGGGAGGCUGAAGCCACAACGCUGCACACAGUAUCACUGAUGUCUGUUCAUGUAAGACAACAGAAGCACAAAGCCGUUGUGAUGCAGGACAGGAGAGUAGAGCACUUGAGGCCUGUCAGCAGCAGGAGGAGACGUCGUCAGUGGUUUUAUAUUGUGAAUAUGAUCCAGGUUUCUUUUUUAUUUAUGCACUUGCUUCUCUUUCAUUUCUCUUUAUUCCUGCUUUCAUAAAGGUAUAAACUAUUUUCUUUAUUGUGAAGGGAAAGGAUAAACAGUUUGAAGAUAUACGGGGUUUUACUGAGUCUGUAAGAGCUUUUAAUAGCAGAUUUUAUUUAUUGAGUUUUGUAUUUGAUCCUGCUAACGUUGCAUUCAGCUCCACCACUUGUUUGCAAACCCUGUCUAAGAGUCUCCUUGAAUGCAGAUACCUCACCGAUCUACCUGUAUAUAAUCAUAGUAAAGUAUGAAAACAAGAUAUACCUCAUAAAUUUCAUUUAUUUUUAUUGUACAGCCACUUGAAAUCAAUGUUUUACUUCAACAGAUCACUGGAUUUUUUUUUUCUUUUUCAUUUUUUGUAUGAUUAUACCAAAGAAGGGAAUAUUUUAUUGACACACAUCUACCUCAUUUGUUAUAGACUGUGCCAACGAGCAUGUUCACGAUCUUAAUUGCCAGUGUAUUCAUGGUGUUUCAUAUCCAUGUGUUUGUGUGGAUACAGAUGCUUUUCAGUCAAAAGAAAAAACAGUAGAUGAUACUAGAGAAUUAAUGAAGCAACAUGUUCAAAAAAAGUGCUUUUUAUGUUGGGUGUUGUGCCGGCGCAACAGAGCAGCCUGUAGUGGGACACCGUCGGGUCAGAGUUGAUCCAGUCUGCAUGAAAACCUGAGUACAGAGAAGAAGACAGAGUGUUGCACCAGUGAGCCACAGACCUGAUGUCCUCUGUCCUGUCAGGGGCGGAGCCUGAGGACAGCGGUGUCAGGCGACAUCAGUCUGAGGCUGGAGGUUUACUUCUACAAAUAAAGUUUGGUUUAAAACACAGACCAACAGGACGGGUCCAGAGGGGGUUAAUGACCUUUAGUGUGACCCCACCCUCAGGACAGACAUUUGUGGCUCUACCACUGAUGAAGAAGAGCUGUCUUCCUCACUGUGCAGCAGUUCUCAUGCAGAUGGUUCACAGUUCACUGUGACGACAGUGUCGCGCUCCCGGCUGAUCACUGGUGACACAGUAAAACUGAUAAUAUAUUGUGUGACUGUAUGUAUCCAUGGUGAUGUUGAAAUUGUACAAACACAAUCGUGCAGCAGAGGACAAUCCUCAGCCAAUCAGAUGAGCUGACUCCUCGGCUGCCCGUCGAGCUGGUGAAGGUGGUUCGUGCUUUUUAAUUCUCGUGUUUACUUGAAAUGCUCUUCAGCAAUCAGACGAUUCUGCAGGUAGAUACAGAUCAACCACUCCCUCACACACACACACACACACACACACACACUCUGAGACUGUCGCUUCAUCUCAGUGUUCAUAGAGCUGGACCCGACAGGCCUCCAUGAUCUGAAGAGCUCAGAUAACUUUAUUAUAAUCUGUGUCGGAAGCAUAAACACGUUUCUCCACCUUAACAGAGCUGUGACGUGGGAGAAGUUCAGAAAAGUCAUAUUCAUCUUCUUUUUGUUUGUGAUUUAUAACAGUUUGGGGGGACAUUGACAAAAAUGCCCCCACCCCCAACUCCCCUCAGCAGGGGUAAGGUCAACAAUGAUAUGGAUCAUUUUGGCUGUGACUGGUUUCUUCUUCUCCGAAGCAACAGCAGCUGAGAGUAUUAUGGUCUUUAUAUGAAUCUGCCACAGUAAAGUGUCAACAAGACAAAAUGAAACCUGAUGACUGUAACAUCAGUCCAGAGGGUCAUCAACUCGACCAGCAGACUGGAUGUGAUCUGCUUCUCCUUCUUCACAGCUCCAGUAGACUUUAAGACCUGGUCUCACAUGAGGUCCAGAUUCUGGAGACCCUGUCCCAGGUCCAGUCACAGUUAACAGUUGUGAUGAUGAAUUAUAUUGAAGAAUAGCCUCGAUCCAGGACUGUCAGAGCAUAGAUGGUGGUCCAGGAUCAGGAUCGGGACUUUUCAGUCACUCAGAGGCUCCAGAUGUUGAAAUCUGAUUGGAGACUUUUAAGGUGGAAAGCAGCAGACGUAAAGGGAUUUAUUUCUACAGAGAGGUGUCGUCCAUCACAGUCAAUACAAACAGAAACUCAUAAAUCGUAAUCACAAAUGAUUUUAAAUGUUUUGCUGUACUGACUUUAAUGAGAGAGGCUUUUCUUGUGCCUGAUGUCAUUUCCACCUUAAAUGUUACUCAGCAGAUCACUGACCACCUGACUUUGUAUCUUUAACAACUUUUACAAAUCUGGGCGACUGAAACGUCUGAACCAGUUCUGGAGGACCGCCACACAGAGUGUGAUGCUCCCGGAUCAGGGCUUCUUCAGGACUGGACCUUCUCAGUCCCGUCUCAGAACCUGUCCCUCCACGGCCCCGCCCCCUCCCCCCUGUACAUACAGCUGAACGAUGCCAAUCACUGGACAGGUCAGAUGACUUAUUGUCCUCACCACAGAGUUUGGGAAGCUGUGCCCGGGCUCAGCAGCUCUGCAUGCAGACCAACUCCUCCUGACUGAUGUAAUCUAAUAACAUGUUGUUUACUUUAGCUUUAGGCUGUGCUGUAGUUUUUAGACACUAACCGCUUUACUCGCUGUGUAUAAGGCUUUAAAUGUGUCUUUCAUUUCCCUUUUGUUCAUCUUGGAUAAAUCCAGUUGCAUUAUGGGAAAGCUGGAUUGUGGUGCUCAGGGGUUAAAAUAUACAAAAAAAAGAGGUGAAAGAGAUUUUCCUGGU